AUGGCGCAGUGGUUGAGCUUUGUCCUCGUCGUCGUUGCGACGACGACGACGACGAUCGCGGUCACGGAGUCCAGGGCUAUUCCAGCCGAACCCGUUUCAGUGAUGCUGGAUCCUUACGGUAAUCCCAUAGUCUUUCUACGGGAAAAGAGGACGGCGGUGCGACCGUAUCCCCAGAGAGCGAUGAUGUUCACCGGCUACUACAGGCCAGUACGCCGUUCGAGUCACGGCGGUGGUCAGGCGACGGGCGUAUUCGCGCAAGGCAAUGCCGUCAGCGGCGAGGCUUUCUUCGGUGGUAUGCAGACACCGCCGCACUUGAACAACGGUCCCGAACCGAUCGAACAAUCGGAAAUCUCCAGCGCCGAGGCUCAAGCGGCCCCCGCGCCCGAAGAUUCCUAUAACGAGGACGACCGAACCGGGGUGCAACCGGCAGGUGGAUAUCAACCCGAGGAACAUCACCCGCAACAAGGACACUAUCCUCAGGACGGGCCGCAUAAUCCUCAAAACGAAUAUCCCGCGGAAGGGGAACAGGAUCAUCGGAAACAGAGUGGUUUCCCUCCUCAGGAGCAACCCGAAUCCGAACAGUCUCCGUCAGCGUUCACCACCGAGGCAGCAUCGGUGUCUCCGACCGAAGAACCCGUCUACCCUACCACCGAGGCGGCUGCCAAGCGUCCGAAGGUCAACCGGGGAAAAAAAACAAAAAAGCCACCGGUCGUUGUCCACGACAACGAUGACGAGGACGACGACGACGACGACGACGACGACGAAGAGGACGAUGCGACCGACGAGGAGCCGUCCGUUCCGUUCGUACCUUUUAAAGGAAACCGUCGCCGACAGAAUUAUCCGAACUUGAACAACUACUUCCCGAUGGUGUUCAGUUUCCCUGGAGGAUCCACACGAUCUGGAUCCUCGGGAUCCCCUCCUGGAGCGGUAACCGCUAUCGCGAACAGUUACUCCACUGGAAAGGGGGGAGUCGCCAGUUCAGUGGCCACCGCUUAUGGAGGAUCUCCCAAUGGAAAGAAGAGGCGUACACCAACUACCGACGAAUAAAACUCCAGCCGGUCGAUCGACGAGCCAAUAUUCCACGCGGCAUUAACACGCAUAGCAAACCGAACACGGACUUCAAGAGGCGUUUCGAUUCGCUUCGUAUUCGAUUUCAUGGAA